AUGGUCUCGGACGAAGAUGAAUUGAAUCUUCUUGUCAUCGUAGUUGAUGCCAACCCAAUUUGGUGGGGAAAGCAAGCAUUAAGAGAAUCUCAGUUCACUCUAUCAAAAUGCAUAGAUGCUGUGAUGGUGUUGGGAAACUCCCAUUUAUUCAUGAAUCGUUCCAACAAACUAGCUGUGAUUGCAAGUCACAUUCAGGAAAGUCGAUUCUUAUAUCCCGGUAAGAAUGGCAGACUGGGAGACUUCUUUGGAGAGCCCGGAAAUCCUUCUUCUGAAUUGAAUCCCUCAGGAAGUAAAGAUGGAAAAUAUGAGCUGUUAACAGCAGCAAAUGAAGUUAUUGCUGAAGAGAUUAAAGACCUAAUGACCAAGAGUGACAUAAAGGGUCAGCAUACGGAGUCUCUACUGGCAGGAUCCCUUGCCAAAGCCCUCUGCUACAUUCACAGGAUGAACAAGGAAGUUAAAGAUAACCAGGAAAUGAAGUCAAGGAUACUGUCAAGUGACGUUUCAGAAUAUCUGUUUUUGUUUUUUCCCCAAAUGUCUUCCCUUUUCCUAUAGUGGGUUUUUCUUCCCGACCAAGACCAGCGGUCUCAGCUAAUUCUCCCGCCCCCAAUUCACGUUGACUACAGGGCAGCCUGUUUCUGUCACCGGAACCUCAUCGAAAUCGGCUACGUCUGUUCCGUGUGCUUAUCAAUAUUCUGCAAUUUCAGCCCCAUCUGCACUACAUGCGAGACAGCCUUUAAGAUCUCUCUGCCUCCCGUGCUGAAGUCCAAGAAAAAGAAAAUGAAAUUGUCUGCUUGA